GCCGGGUGUCGCCAAUGUGGCCCGGACGCGUCCCCGCACCCCGCCCCUGGCAGGGCCGUGUUCCUGCAUCCCGCCCCUGGCGAGGGACAGGCUGGGACAGCGGCCACCCAAAUCCUCGCAGCAAAUGACAUUUUCCUGCAAAGCCGCGCCGGAGCCAAUCGCUCCCUGCACCGCGCAGCCAAUGGAUGCCGGGCUCUUCCAGCCCCUGCCAGCGGCUCGGCGGCUGGAGGGCCUCGCAGCAACCGUGCCCGCAGCCUGUCCGGGGGUGGCCGGCAUCCCUGCUCAUCCCUGCUCAUCCCUGCUCCUCCUCAUCCUCCUCCUCAUCCUCAUCCUCCCGGCAAUAACGCCGCCGCUGCUGUGGGAGCGCUCGGGGUGACGCGGCCGCCGCGGGGAGCGCGCAGCCAUCGGGGUAAUCGGGGUUGGAUUAAUUUGGGUCUCCCUCCAGCAGUGCCACGGCCUCCUACCCAGCAGAGCUGCUCCCCAGAGCCAGAGGGAUGGUGGUAGUCACGGGGCAGAGCAAAGCGAGUGCCACCCCGGAUGAUGCCAUGUCGAGCUCGGAUGCAGAGGAUGAUUUCCAAGAGCCGGCCACUCCCACCGCCACCCAGGCAGGACAAGCGCUGCCUCUGCUGCCCCAGCAGUUCCCAGAAGUUGUCCCACUGAACGUGGGGGGGAUGUUCUUCACCACCCGCCUGUCGACGCUGCGCAGGUACGAGGACACCAUGCUGGCGGCCAUGUUCAGCGGCAGGCACUACAUCCCCACGGACGCCGAGGGCAGGUACUUCAUCGACAGGGACGGCACCUACUUCGGAGACAUACUAAACUUCCUGCGGUCGGGUGAGCUGCCGCCCCGCGAGCGCGUGAGCUCAGUGUACAAGGAGGCUCAGUAUUAUUCCAUAGGACCCUUGCUGGACAAUCUAGAGGAUAUCCAGCCUCUUAAAGGAGAAAAAGUUAGACAAGCUUUCCUGGGCCUAAUGCCAUAUUACAAAGAGCACCUGGAGCGCAUCAUCGAGAUCGCCAAGCUGCGGGCCAUGCAGCGCAAGGCCAGGUUUGCCAAGCUCAAGGUGUGCGUGUUCAAGGAGGAGAUGCCCAUCACUCCCUACGAGUGCCCCCACUUCAACUCCCUGCGCUUCGAGCGCAGCGAGAGCGAGGCCAAGCUCUUUGAGCACCACUGCGAGGUGGACGUGUCCUUCGGGCCCUGGGAGGCCGUGGCCGACGUCUACGACCUCCUGCACUGCAUCGUCAGCGACCUGUCGGCGCGCGGCAUCACCGUGGAGCACCAGUGCAUCGGCGUCUGCGACAAGCACCUCAUCAACCACUACUACUGCAAGCGCCCCAUCUACGAGUUCAAGAUCACCUGGUGGUGAGCGGGGCCACGGAGAAGGGUCAGGGGACUGCCACAGGACAAAUGUGCUUUCAGGGUCACCUGGUGGUGGCACGUCGAGGGGUGAGAGGACUCCUAGAGGACAAAUGUUCUUUCGAGAUCAUCUGGUGAGUUGUGGUGGCACUGAGGAGUGACGGGACUUCUAGAGGACAAAUGUUCUUUCACCAUCACCUUGUGGUUGAGUGUGGUGGCACUGAGGGCUCCUAAAGGACAAAUGUUCUUUCAAGAUCAUCUUGUGGUGAGUGUGGUGACACAUCAAGGAGUGAAAGGACUUCUAGAGGACAAAUGUUCUUUCACCAUCGCCUUGUGGUGGCACUGAGGGCUCCUAAAGGACAAAUGUUCUUUCAAGAUCACCUUGUGGUGAGUGUGGUGACACUGAGGGGUGAGAGAACUCCUAAAGGACAAAUGUUCUUUCAAGAUCACCUUGUGGUGGCACUGAGGCAUGAAAGGACUUCUGAAGGACAAAUGUUCUUUCAAGAUCACCUUGUGGUGAGCGGGGCCACGGAGAAGGGUCAGGGGACUGCCACAGGACAAAUGUGCUUUCGGGGUCACCUGGUGGUGGCACGUCGAGGGGUGAGAGGACUUCUAGAGGACAAAUGUUCUUUCGAGAUCAUUGGUGGCGAGUUGUGGUGGCACUGAGGAGUGACGGGACUUCUAGAGGACAAAUGUUCUUUCACCAUCGCCUUGUGGUGGCACUGAGAGGUGAAAGGAUCUUAAAGGACAAAUGUUCUUUCAAGAUCAUUGGUGGCGAGUUGUGGUGGCACUGAGGGGUGACAGGACUUUUAGAGGACAAAUGUUCUUUCACCAUGGCCUUGUGGUGAGUGUGGUGGCACUGAGGGCUCCUAAAGGACAAAUGUUCUUACAACAUCACCUUGUGGUGGCACUGAGGCGUGAAAGGAUCUUCUAGAGGACAAAUGUUCUUUCAAGAUCAUUGGUAGCAAGUUGUGGUGGUACUGAGGGCUCCUAAAGGACAAAUGUUCUUUCAAGAUCACCUUGUGGUGAGUGUGGUGAUACAUCAAGGAGUUAAAGGACUUCUAGAGGACAAAUGUUCUUUCACCAUCGCCUUGUGGUGAGUGUGGUGGCACUGAGGGCUCCUAAAGGACAAAUGUUCUUUCAAAAUCAUCUGGUGGUGAGUGUGGUGACACAUCAAGGAGUGACAGGACUUCUAGAGGACAAAUGUUCUUUCACCAUCGCCUUGUGGUGGCACUGAGAGGUGAAAGGAUCUCAAAGGACAAAUGUUCUUUCAAGAUCAUUGGUGACGAGUUGUGGUGGCACUGAGGGCUCCUAAAGGACAAAUGUUCUUCCAAUAUCAUCUUGUGGCAAACUAAGGGUUGAAAGGAUCCUAAAGGAUAAACGUUCUUUCAAGAUCAUCCUGUGGUGGCAGAGCAUGGGAUGAAAGGAUCCUAAAGGACAAAUGUUCUUUCAAAAUCAUCUGGUGGUGAGUGUGGUGGCACAUCGAGGGGUGAAAGGACUCCUAAAGGACAAAUGUUCUUUCAAGAUUGCCUUGUGGUGAGUGUGGUGACACAUCAAGGAGUGAAAGGACUUCUAGAGGACAAAUGUUCUUUCACCAUCGCCUUGUGGUGAGUGUGGUGGCACUGAGGGGUGAAAGGACUCCUAAAGGACAAAUGUUCUUUCACCAUGGCCUUGUGGUGGCACUGAGAGGUGAAAGGAUCUUAAAGGACAAAUGUUCUUUCAAGAUCAUUCAAGAUCACCUUGUGGUGAGUGUGGUGACACAUCAAGGAGUUAAAGGACUUCUAGAGGACAAAUGUUCUUUCAAAGUCUCCUGCUGGUGAGUGUGGUGGCACUGAGGGGUGAAAGGACUCCUAAAGGACAAAUGUUCUUACAACAUCACCUUGUGGUGGCACUGAGGCGUGAAAGGACUUCUGAAGGACAAAUGUUCUUUCAAGAUCAUCUUGUGGUGAGUGUGGUGGCACUGAGGGGUGAAAGGACUCCUAAAGGACAAAUGUUCUUACAACAUCACCUUGUGGUGGCACUGAGAGGUGAAAGGAUCUUAAAGGACAAGUGUUCUUUCAAGAUCAUUGGUGGCGAGUUGUGGUGGCACUGAGGGCUCCUAAAGGACAAAUGUUCUUCCAACAUCACCUUGUGGUGGCACUGAGGCGUGAAAGGACUUCUGAAGGACAAAUGUUCUUUCAAGAUCACCUUGUGGUGAGUGUGGUGACACAUCAAGGAGUGAAAGGACUUCUAGAGGACAAGUGUUCUUUCAAGAUCAUUGGUGGCGAGUUGUGGUGGCACUGAGGGCUCCUAAAGGACAAAUGUUCUUCCAAUAUCAUCUUGUGGCAAACUAAGGGUUGAAAGGAUCCUAAAGGAUAAAUGUUCUUUCAAGAUCAUCCUGUGAUGGCAGAGCAUGGGAUGAAAGGAUCCUAAAGGACAAAUGUUCUUUCAAAAUCAUCUGGUGGUGAGUGUGGUGGCACUGAGGGGUGAAAGGACUCCUAAAGGACAAAUGUUCUUUUAAAAUCAUCUGGUGGUGAGUGUGGUGGCACAUCGAGGGGUGAAAGGACUUCUAAAGGACAAAUGUUCUUUCAAAAUCAUCUGGUGGUGAGUGUGGUGGCACAUCGAGGGGUGAAAGGACUCCUAAAGGACAAAUGUUCUUACAACAUCACCUUGUGGUGGCACUGAGGGGUGAAAGGAUCUUAAAGGACAAAUGUUCUUCCAAGAUCAUCUGGUGGUGAGUGUGGUGACACAUCAAGGGGUGAGAAGACUCUUAAAGGACAAUUGUUCUUUCAAGAUCAUCUAGUGGUGAAUUGUAGUGGCAGAGCAAGGGGUGAAAGGAUUCCUAAAGGACAAAUGUUCUUUCAAAGUCUCCUGGUGGUGAGUGUGGUGGCACAGCAAGGCGUGAAAGAACUUCUAGAGGACAAAUUUUCUUUCAAAGUCACCUUGUGGUGAGUGUGGUGGCAUAGCAAAAGGUGAAAGGACUUCUAAAAGACAAAUGUUCUUUCAAGAUCAUCUGGUGAGUUGUGGUGGCAGAGCAAGAGGCAAAAGGACUUCUAAAGGACAAAUGUUCUUUCAAGAUAUUCUUGUGGUGAGUGUGGUGGCACAUUGAGGGGUGAAAGGACUUCUUGAGGACAUCAAGCUCACCUGCUGGUGAGUGUGGUGGCACUUCCAGGACAAAUGUUCUCGGCAGUUGCCUUGCUGCUCACAUUCCUUGGGAUCAGCCUGCUGGCAGGGGUUGGGAAAACCUCUGGAAACUUGACAAACCAGCCUGAACUCAGACUGUUGGCUCAGGUACCUUAACGAGGCACAAAACAAAAUCACCUCAUGCAAAGGAUGGAGGGGAGUGGCUGAACAUCUGCUCAAAGGUGCCACCAACCACGUGGCCUCAGGAUGGAAUUGCAGAUUUUUCCUGCAUUCUUGGGAAUCUGGGGUGCUACUAAAGCUGACAUUUCAGUUUUACCCUCUUAGAAAUGGUUUAGUUCCUCCUUCAGCUUUAUAAAGUUUGAGUCACACCCAACACAAAGAUCUGGAAAUGUCAUUUUGAUGUACUAGAUAAUUUAAAAACAAAAGGAAUAUUCCUUAUAUAUUAUUAAUUGUUGUCAGGGUUAAGCUGUAUUUCUUUUUUAAUUAAGAAUCUACGUUGUGAAUUAUAAUGUUGUACUUCAAUUAUUUCUGUUGUUAUCAAAAGGAAUAGCAGAUCUGGAAUAUAUUCCUUAAUGCUUUUAGGAAUAAUAACUGUCCAUGGAAGACUUGUGCCUGUUUUUAGCCUUAGAAAUUUUAAAUGUUUACAGUAUCUACAAAAAAAAAAAAGCUCUUUAGAAUCAGGUCAUUUGCAAAGGCUUUUGGUAAAUGAGAAAACCCUGUAUGUAUAUUCCUAUUAGCAGUAGUAAGAGGAAUAUUUAAUGUAUAUUAUUUUAUUAUUGACUCUUUUUACAUUCUGUGAUAUUAAAAUUUAUUUUAGACUUAAAAGUCAGAUGAUAUUAGACAAGUGCUUCCUUCACCUCACCUUUUUCAGACAAUUAAAUCUUAAUUUUAUCCUUCUUCUUGACCCUUCUUGGUGUCAUAGAAGGAAAAACAAAAUUCAAACUUCAUAUUCAGAUACUUCUCCACUCUAAAGCAGUAGGAAAUUCCUUUCCAUGCUGGAAGAGUCAGCCACUGCAGAAUCAUGUUUUCUUUGGAAGGUCUUUUUGUACUUCUGACAUGAGCAACCACAUCCCAAAUUUCAACUACUGAAUUCAGCCCAAAACUGAGAGGGAGAAAAGUCUGAAAAUCUUAUUGUUUUGUGAGGUGCAGAAACCCCAACCCCCUUGAAGUGGCCUCAAAAUAAUCUUGAAGAGAAAGAAAAAGGAAAUAUUUGUAUAUUGCAUUCCAUUGGAUUAAUUAAAAAUCAGCUAAUUACUGAUAUAAUUAAAGGUUUUGUAACUUCAUUUCACCCUGGACAAUUUAUAGACCCCACUGGCUUUAAGUUGUGGUUGGCAUUACUGAGCCCUGAGGAUUUUUAGCUUUUCACACACUGCACAGACAACCCAAGAUAGUUCUAAAUUUUGGGCUAUGAAAAAAAAAAUCCCUCCAGUCUUUUAUUACCUUUCUGCAAAUAAGCAGAUUUCAGAGGAUAAUUCUAUCUCCUGUACAUAAUUCUCUAACUGGAAAUCACUUUCCAGAACAGCAGUUCAUAGUUCAUUUUACUUACACGAGCUUAGGAUAAGUUUACCUCCACUUUCACUGUGACUUUUCUAAAUGGAUUUUGUUUUGCUGAAUUAUAAAUUGUAUGUGUCUAUGCAUUGUAACCCGUAAUGCCUUUGAAAAUCCAGCCUGGAUGCUAACGAUCAGGGUUUGGAAUUCUCUCCAAAUGUGUUUUGUUAAUAAUUAUGUUGAUGUGUGAUGUUCAAUACUGUGAGUACUGCAGUGUAUUAUUUCUUAAUACUUUUGACUUUUCAGUUCAGGUAAUAUAUAAUCUGUAUGUUUUUUAUUUAAAACACAUAGAAGAAAACGUGGAUAUAAAGGUUGUGUUGUGCAAUAAAUUAUGAUAC